AAAUGCGAAGAUAUUAAUAUUUAACACAUACAUAAUUUGAUGGGGCCAAAAUAUUGGACUCGAAGCUAACUUAUGAAUACAGCCACGCGACGUGAUUGUAAAAUACAAAAUAUCGCAUGGGCAGAACCGUAAUUGUGAUGAUAAACUGCCUGUUCGGACAUAUGAAAGAUAUGCUUUGUCAGAGAGUUUCAGAAGAAGUCUUUCCCAUGCUUACCACUUCACCUCUCUCUCUCUCUCUCUCUCUCUCUCUCUCUCUCUCUCUCUCUCUCUCUUUCUUUUUCAUUCUCCACUGUAACCUCCCAAUUCUAACCCAAACUUGAGAAUUGUAUAUUCUUUCUCUCUACGAAAUGCAAGAUAUUCAUCAUGAGUACUCUAUGGCCGGGGGUGGCGGUGGUGGAGGAGGAGGGAGGUUUUUCGGCGGAGGAAUCGGCGGCGGAGGAGGUGGAGAUCGGAGGAUGAGAGCUCAUCAGAACAAUAUACUUAACCAUCACCAAUCUCUCAAGUGUCCUCGUUGUAACUCUCUUAACACCAAGUUCUGUUACUAUAACAAUUACAAUCUUUCUCAGCCUCGGCACUUUUGCAAGAACUGUCGCCGUUACUGGACUAAAGGCGGUGUUCUACGUAACGUCCCUGUCGGCGGUGGUUGCCGGAAAGCUAAACGAUCGAAAACAAAGCAGCCUUCGUCCUCUGCCGACAAAUUAUCAACGACGACGCUAGAACAUAACGUAGAGGAGAAGUCGAGUACCGGAUCUCACUCUAGCAGCGAGAGCUCUUCUCUCACCGCUUCUAACUCUACCACCGUCGCUGCCGUAUCCGUUACCGCCGCGGCGGAGGUUGCUUCGUCGGUUGUUCCCGGUUUCGAUAUGUCUAAUCUUAAACUGUAUGGUAACGGGAUCGAGUGGUCGACGUUGCUCGGACAAGGCUCAUCGGACGGUGGAGUUUUCUCGGAGAUCGGAGGUUUCACUGCGGCGUCGACGAUUGAAACGACUCCGUUUGGAUUCGGGGGGAAGUUCGUAAACCAAGAUGAUCAUCUGAAGUUGGAAAGUGAAACUGUACAGCAGCAACAGUUUGGAGAUCGGACGGCUCAGGUUGAGUUUCAAGGAAGAUCGUCGGAUCCAAAUAUGGGGUUUGAACCGUUGGAUUGGGGAAGUGGCGGAGGAGAUCAAACACUGUUUGAUCUAACCAGCACCGUUGAUCAUGCAUACUGGAGUCAAAGUCAAUGGACGUCGUCUGACCAAGAUCAGAAUGGUCUCUACCUUCCUUGAUUGAUUUGAUUCUCUCAUAGCUUCUUCUUCUUCUUCUUAACCCAAAAAUAUAUAUUCUAUACACAUAAGGUAAAGUUCGAUGAAGUGGUUUUUUUAUUUUAUUUUAUUUUAUCAUUAUGGGUUUUAAACGGGAUUUAUUAUAUAAUUAUAUGACUGAAUGUAAAUUUUUUUUCCCAAAUAUAAAAUUUAUCUCUCUAUUUUGUUUUUUUUCGGUUAGUUUUUGGAAUAUUUCCAACUUCCAAGAGUGCAAAUUUAUAUAGCAUGGUUUUAUUAUGGCUUCGGUUCAGUUUUGGAACUGGCUGUUUUUACUUAUCGUUGUAUAUUUGAUAAGGUUUUAAUUUUUCUGGGGUUUUUUUUUUUUUUCUAUUUUGCUUUGUGUUUCAUUUGAUGUAUCUAAUAAAUUUAUAUAUUUGAUUGGGCAUACAAAACCGUCGAUUCUGCAUC